UCGCCGAAGCGCUCCGCAGCCGGCGGGGCGCAGACGGGCUGGGACAGGUCAGCGCGGGCGCACGGGGUGAGCGGGCAGCGGUCCGGCGCGCGCAGGGCAUCCCCACGCCGAGGCGCGGGACAGGACUCAGGGAACACUAGAGCUUUGUCAUGGGAGCCGUAGUAGCUGAUGAUGGUCCAUCUGGUGUUAAAGCCCCUGAUGGAGGCUGGGGCUGGGCUGUCCUUUUUGGCUGUUUUAUCAUCACAGGAUUCUCCUAUGCCUUUCCUAAGGCAGUUAGUGUUUUCUUCAAAGAACUUAUCCGUGAAUUUGGUAUUGGAUAUAGUGACACUGCAUGGAUUUCCUCCAUUUUGUUGGCCAUGCUUUAUGGAACAGGUCCGCUCUGUAGUGUAUGUGUCAAUCGCUUUGGCUGUCGGCCUGUCAUGCUGGUGGGUGGCCUUUUUGCAUCAAUGGGAAUGGUGAUAGCCUCCUUCUGCACAAGUAUCGUUCAGAUCUAUCUAACUGCAGGUGUGAUUACUGGUUUGGGUCUGGCACUCAACUUUCAGCCUUCACUCAUCAUGUUAAACCGUUACUUUGAUAAACGCCGGCCCUUGGCCAAUGGGCUGUCUGCUGCUGGGAGCCCAGUGUUUCUUUGUGCCCUUUCACCACUGGGGCAGAUACUUCAACACGAGUAUGGUUGGAGAGGAGGAUUCCUUAUACUGGGUGGGAUGCUGCUCAACUGUUGUGUAUGUGGAGCACUAAUGAGACCUUUGGAGCCACCCAAAAAGUCUGACACUACCAAAGAAACUGCUGAGAAGAAAUCAAAGAAAAAACUUCUGGAUUUCAGUGUAUUUAAAGAUGGUGGCUUUGUAAUAUACACACUAGCAGCAUCUAUCAUGGUGCUUGGACUCUUUGUUCCCCCAGUUUUUGUUGUGAGUUAUGCCAAGGAUUUAGGGUAUCAGGACACCAAAGCAGCAUUUCUUCUGACUAUUCUGGGAUUCAUUGAUAUUUUUGCUCGGCCUAUUUGUGGAAUGGUAGCUGGUCUCAAGUGGGUUAGACCACGUUGUGUCUACCUCUUCAGUUUUGCUAUGAUUUUUAAUGGCUUUACAGAUCUCAUGGGUUCUAUGUCUAUUGAUUAUGGUGGCCUGGUGGUCUUUUGCAUUUUCUUUGGCAUUUCUUAUGGAAUGGUAGGUGCUCUUCAGUUUGAAGUUCUCAUGGCUAUUGUUGGUACCCAGAAGUUUUCCAGUGCUAUUGGUUUAGUGCUCCUGGCAGAAGCUAUGGCUGUUCUAAUUGGCCCACCAUCAGCAGGAAAACUCUUGGAUGUAACACGGAGGUACAUGUUUGUUUUUAUUAUUGCUGGAAUUGAAGUUACCACCUCAGCACUUGUAUUGGCCUUGGGAAAUUUCUUCUGCAUUAAGAAAAAAUCAGAAGAACCACAUACAAAAGAAGCAGCAGCAGAAAGAGAGGAACUAAACAAAUCUGAAGACAAAACUCCUGAAGAUGCCAAGGUGGACUCUAUUGAAGUGGAACAGUUUCUAAAAGAUGAGCCUGAAAAAAAUGGCGAAGUUGUAACUAACCCAGAAACCUGUGUGUGAGCGUGGCAGAAAACUGACGAAGUCUUUAGAAGAGAGUCAAAGAUUUUCAACGCUAUUUAUUUUAGAAAUAGAACUAGUUUAGGGCUGGGCCAUCUGCUUUAUUAACUGGAAGACAGUCAGCUGAUCAGCUCUCUGAAAGCUGAUUUAUUAGACAACCUGUUAUCAGAAAAUUAGCUCUAUCGGUAAAAGGUGAAACAGCGUGGUUAUACUUUUUAUGUAAACUAAAAAGCUUUUAUAAACACAAGUAGAAUCUUGCUAUGCAUCACCAGAAACUGUUCACUUUAAGAGAUACAGGAAGAAUAUAUCUUUAAAAAAGUGGCACUAUAUGUAUGCUUUCAGACAAUAUGGAUGAAAUUGCUGUGUUGUACAGCUAAAUGUACCUUCCCUUGCUGUGUUCUUUGUGAAGGAGAAAGAGUUUGAGAUGGAGAAAAAUCUCAGGAACUUAAAAGGUCUCCAUUAGGUCUUUGAAUUUCUUACUUUUUUAGAUUUUCAGAUUAAUUGGCUCAGCCCUAAUAUAAUUUUCUUAUCUGUUACUUUGAUUAUCUGUUACUUUGAUUUAUUCCAACGUAUUUCUAUGAGUUUGUCUAAACACAUAACCUUUGUAAUUAUCAUCUGGAAACACUGUACACAGAAAGGCACAUUGCUGAAUACUGUCUUCAGCAGAUUACACAAGCGGUAUUCCUAGGUAAUGCUGAAAGAAAAAUAAAAUGAGCAGAUUAAAUCCCAA